GGGCGUGGUGACAAAGCACGGCCGGGGGCCCCCUCGAUCUCAAAAGUUCAUGCAUGCUUCCCAAGGCCAGUGCACCGUCUACGUCUACGUCUAUAUGAUAAGUUUCCAUCCAGGGGAUAUUAAACAUGUAUGGUCUGUACUAGUAGAUAGCUCAAAAGCUUGAGUGAGGAAUGCAGUCAAGUUGCAUAUAGUGGCUAUGGCUGGAAAACACAAUGAAGAGCUGAUCCAACAAUGCAAGGCAGAGACCAAUAAAUUGCUGGAGCUUGCUGUCUCUAAGAAGGCCAUCUUCUGGGCACACCCUACCUUCAGCUCAUUCUGUGUUUCUGUCGAGGACAUACUCUCCUACCGUAUUAAAUGCCGGUUCGCUUCCAUGGUACCCUCGAAAUCGCUCAGGAUUCUGCAAGAGUUGAGCAGUAGUUGUACUGAAGCUCAAGAUGUUUACACUGAGUGCUGCAGACCCUCUAGCCAGAUUGAGGAUGACUAUGCUCGUGUUCGAGACUCUUUCUCAGUGGAUAAGAAGAUACUGUGGAUAAGAAUGGCUAUACUAGAGGGGAAAUUGGCAGCUAUUUUAGAGAAACUAGUGGCCAACUCCAGGCUUUACUACAAGUCCAGUUCUGUCUUGUGUCAUCCCGAAUACUGUCAGAUUUUCCUCAUACUCCUUGAUGGGCCGUGCUCCAUUCGUUACAACACCAAAUACGGGUACCUCGUCACUCUACCGCAGUCCGAGCUGAUCAGCAGACACUUAAAGGUGCUUUCUGUUUCACUGGAUAAAGAUAUUGUGGACGGAAUGUCAGUGCCAUCUACGAACAAAGCAUGGCAACAUAUUCAAAGCUUGUACCAAUCCAACUCGUCUCAAUGUUUGUUCGGAAAGAAUAAUAUUUUAGUCAAGCCGGUCGGAGUUGAUAGUCUCAUCAGGGGCUACCUAACGCUACAGUUUACAUUAGGCAUACAAAAACUAAGGUGGAUCCCAAACUGUCUGCUCAGUGACUCUGCUCAUGUCAAAACUGGACUGUGGGAUCAUGUGAUUGCCGUGGAUGUAAUACAAGACAUUUCACAUAUUCAUAUUCAUAAAGUUCAAGGUUAUAUGGCUGAGAUGGUUCUGAUAGGCUCUGACGGUAUUCCCCUACCCACUCUGUUCUUCCCACACCACUCCUCCGUUGUCCUCCUCCUGGAGUGUUUGGAAGACAGCUGCUACCCUCAGAGAUGUCUCGACCCUCCUCUCACAUAUCGUAGCAAGACACAUAAGAGUGAGAAGUUUCCCCCUCUCUCAAACUGCUUCUCCAGCUACACCAGCUGUACAAGUACGUCACAAUGUGAGCCAUUUUCCCCUUUCAGCUGUUGCUCUGAUGAUCAAGACGAAUCAUGGCUCAAUGAUUCAAGGAAUUGCAAACAUGUAUUCAGAAUAAUGCACAUGUAUGAGAAAGACUUGUCAGCUAAGAAGCUGACACAGGUGGCAAGACACUCUAGUUUUCGAAAGUGCAAUAUGUCCUGGCACAUAAAGGCUCGAUGCUUCCAAAGCUGGCUGUCCCACUCUCGAUACUUACGCAAGGUACACCAGAAGCUCUCUCAUUUGGUUAGUCCCACGCCCCUCCUGCUUGGUGAUGAUGUCGUAAAUAGGAAAACUCCUCUUUCUGAGAAAGAGUGGUUGGACUUCUGUAAACUUACUCCAUCAGAUAGGAGGGACAAGUGGAACAGCAUACUCACUAUUGUUUAUCUUCUUGGAAUUGAACAUGAAAUUCGAUCACAGGUGUGGCCAUAUCUGCUGGGGGUAUUCCCAAUUACCUCAUCAGAGCAGGAGAGGGAAAAGAUAUUGUCCAACAUUAUCUGCUCUUACAAUAAGUCUAUCCAGGCCUGGAAAGGAGUAGAGAUAGCACAUCGGAAACAGAAACUUCGCACCGAAUCCCAGCAAAGUUCCCCAUCUUUGUCCAUUAUUUCUCCACCCCCGUCUCCCCGUUGCAUUGACGAUAUGCAUGCACCCUCAGGCAAUGAGGCCGAUGACAUAGCACAGUUACCAAAACAUUUAGAGAAUGAUAUCGAGCAACUAGUAUCAUGUGAUUUUGUAGAUUCUGGGAGUGAGCUUGAUGCCAAGGGACUGUCGUUUAUUGAAGAGCUGGAGGCUAUUGAUAAAGAUGUGCCUCGGUGUGAUAGAAACUAUUGGUAUUUUAAGUCUCCUGAGAAUCUGCUAAAUCUCCGUAACAUUAUAUGCACGUACGUAUGGGAGCACCUGAGUGACGGCUACAGUCAAGGAAUGUGCGAUCUGCUGGCUCCCCUGUUGAUUAUACUGGACGAUGAGACAUUGACUUUUGCUUGCUACUUAAGAUUGAUGGAGCAAAUGGAAAACGUUGAUAUUCGCUUGGCCAAUGUUCAGGCACUUUUACAGGUUAUGGAGCCACUCUAUUAUGACCACCUGACUCAGCACUCGAGAGACAAUGAUAGUCGUGAUCUUUUAUGUAUGUACUGCUUCCGCUGGCUGGCAGUCUUGUUUAAAAGAGAGUUUUCUUAUGAUAGCAUAUUUCGAAUUUGGGAGAGUGUGUGGUCAGCUGGUCUGAUAGUCUCUAAACACUUUGAAGAGUUUGUUGCCCUAGCCGUGUUUCUUCAGUUUAAAACAGCCAUUUUGGAUGCUGAUCUCAACCCCUCGGAUAUUCUGAGCCUAUUUAACAGUUACUCAGCCAAGCUUGAAAUCGACUGUGCUGAGACUCUGAAAAUUGCAAUGCUGGUGGUCAGCAAACUUCAAGAAGACUUGGCUCACUAGCGGAGCCGGAGCACCUCUUUUAAUGGAUAUAAGGAAUAUCUGGAAUGAUUAUUUUUUGUCGUGCCACCAUAGAAACUAGAAUAUGAUAACUCAUAAUUAAUAAUGAUAAUACUCUCUGUAUUUAUACUGCCCUCACCCAUCAGGCUGCUGCCAUUCUACCCUCAUAUAUUUUGGUUUUUAAGAACUUUUUUUUUCGAG